AUGGAUAAGAGAUCCAUAGAAAAAGAAAAAAAAGAAAAAGUUCAAAAGGAGAAGAUUCUAAAUGAAAUAGCUAUUGUUGCGGGCGCGAUCAAUCGUCACAAACACAAACGAGGGGGAAUAGAUGCUAAAAAUACCAAGAACUUAUCAUUUAAGCCACAUCAUUAUCCAAGAAAUCCCAAACAUCGAUCAAGACAUAUGUCUUUGGUAGUUAGCACAGGACAUACUAGCACAAAUAUAAAUGAUAGUACCCAGCCGGCAUCUUCUGGGUGGAUACAAAAGAAGGAUAGACAUAUCCAAUUGAUUAAUGCCAGUAUCUAUGACAGUACAGCAAAAAAACGAGCUGAAGCAAUCGAAGAAACGCGUUUGUUAAAAAAAAUGAAACGGGAGGAGUUUUUAAAAGAAGAAAAGCCAAAAAACUCUGUAGAAAGCGAUGUGAAAGAAUUAGUGAUUAACGGUGUUAAGUUUUACAUGAAAAAAAAUGGAAACAAACUUAUUCGAGCUAAAGACAAUGAUCCGUCUUUAAAAACAUUGAAAAAAGCUUUUGUUUCGGGUUCUGUUUUUUGGAGAAGUAAGAAUGGAAAUUUAUGGAGUGCAUCUCUUGUAAAAUCAAAAAUUAGGAAAAAUAAAUUACCUAUAAAGAAAAUUGAAAAACAUUGUCAGUAUUAUACACGACUAGGUAUUCUAGUUGAUUUUAAUCCCGUUAAAUUAUUAGAAGUUGAAAUUAAUAAUAAUAUAGGUAAAUGUGUACAAGGCAAAUCUUGUCCUUAUAAACACGAUCCAAAUCAUGUAGCAAUUUGUCCAUUAUUUAUGAAAGGGAAAUGCCAGAACAAAAACUCAUGUGAUUUAUCUCAUGAGCCAACGCCACAUCGUGUUUCUGCGUGUUUACAUUUUUUACGUGGCCGAUGCUCAAAUACUAACUGUUUAUAUGCUCAUGUUAGAGUUAAUCCUUCUGCUCCUGUUUGUAGAGCAUUUGCAAUAGAUGGCUAUUGUGAAAAGGGUAUAGAAUGCCGAGAAAAACAUUUACGGGAAUGCCCUGAUUUUUCUGAAAAGGGCACAUGUUUAAUAAAGAAUUGUCGACUUCCCCAUAUUGAAAGGGCUGCACGCAAGCGCAAAGAAUGUUCUUUAGUUGUUAGUGAUGAUGAAUCUCCUAUAUGUUUUGAAUCUCAUGGUUUAAUUUCAAAUACCAAUAUCCAAUCUACAGAAAAUUCAAGUGAUAAUGAUAUUUCGUUCAAUGAAUUCGAUUCAGAUUCUUUUAGUAUUCCAGAUUCCUCUACAAUUGAUGCUGAUCAAGAUUUCAUUCGUCUAUAA